GGCUGGCUGGCGGUGAUCCCUAGGCUGGGCCGAGAUGCCGUCCGAGCGGUAUCGCUGGGAGACCCUGGAAGCGCUGAAGGGCUCCAGCAAGGGGCAGCUGAGCUACUCCCGGGACUGGCUGCUGCGGGGUGAGGAUAUUUUGGAAGGAUGCAGGUCCCCUCCCAAGUUGUCCUCCUACUCUGGCUGGGUGCUGGAUCGAGUGAUCUCCCAAUCUCUACAGGAAACACCUCUCUCCCGAAGUUCAACACCCAAUGAAUCCAUUCCCCCUACAGAUGACCAGCCGCCCUCCCUUGCAAAGACCACUUCUCCUGCCAGCCAGCUGCGCUCCUCACCACUUUCGUCUGCAGCACCCAGUGAAACAAAGGGCAAUGAAGAUCUUAGUCUGCUGGAGACAGACCAUGAAGUCCAUCUUAUGGUUCUACCAUCUAAAGUUACAGAGGUGGAAGGCUGCAUAUGGAUGUACGAGGAGGUCCAUAGGUUGAAAGGAAAGGAGGGGCUCAGGCAGCGGCAGGAGCAGCAAGAGCAGGUGGUGAGAGCGGUUUCUGAUAUGGCGAGUGAGCAGCUGAAGCGCUUUGAUGAGCUGAAGGAAUUAAAACAGCACCAGGAAUACCAGGACCUGCAGGAAGUGAUGGAGAAGAGCUCCAGGGAGGCCCAGGGUCAGCAGGAGAAGUUGAAAGAGGAACAUCGACACAGAGCAAAGAUUUUAAACCUGAAACUUCGUGAAGCAGAACAGCAGAGGCAGCGUCAGGAGGAGUUGGAGCGUCUGCGCAAGGAAGAAGGCCAGGAAAGGUUGCGCCGGCUCUAUUCCAUCCAGGAAGAGGUGCUGCAGCUUAACCAGCAGAUUGACCCCAACUACAGACAUAAAGACUUGCCAAGGAUAGAUCUCUCAGGGUUCAGUAACCGUGGCAACCAGAUCUGCGGGCUCGUGUCAGGGCUCAUUCGCACCACUAGUGAGAGAGGUUUCCCUACUCAGGUAGAUGUAGCCAACACUGAGCGAGCACUGCAGGAAAUGCGAGGGUUAAUAUCUAGCAUGCAACAAGAAAUUGCCACAGCUUUGGAAGAGAAAAGGAAGCGGGAUGAAGAAGAGGAGAGAGAGAGGCAGAAGGAGUUACAGAAACAAGAGCAGCUGAAGGCCCAGACUCCAGUCCCUGCACAACAUCCACGGGGAAAAGAGCAGAAGGAAGUAUUAGGACUUCAGGUUAAGGCAGAGGAGAGCACAAUGCAGUGGUACCAGCAAUUGCAGGAUGCCUCUGACCAGUGUGUUGCUUCCUUUAGUGGAUUGACUGACGGCAAAGACAAUCAGGUGAAGAAUAUCAGAAUGGAUCUCCAGAAAGCAGCCAGCAUCCCUGUGAGCCAGAUUUCUUCCAUAGCAGGCUCUCAGCUAAGAGAGAUAUUUGACAAAAUCAAUAACCUUCUCUCUGGAAAGUCUGUUCAGUCUGGAGGGCGAACUGUUUCGGUGACUCAACAUCCACAGGGUCUGGAUUUUGUUUAUUACAAACUGGCGGAGAAAUUUGUGAAACAAGGAGAAGAGGAAGUGGCUUCUCACCACGAGGCAGCUUUCCCAAUUGCUGUGGUGGCUUCAGGAAUCUGGGAAUUGCACCCCAGGGUGGGAGACCUCAUUUUAGCUCACCUGCACAAAAAGUGCCCCUACUCUGUACCAUUUUAUCCUGCAUUCAAGGAGGGGACUCCCAUAGAAGAGUAUCAGAGGAUACUUGGUUAUCAAGUUAAGGAUUCCAAGGUAGAGCAGCAGGAUAAUUUCCUUAAACGGAUGUCUGGAAUGAUCCGUCUUUAUGCUGCUAUCAUUCAACUACGGUGGCCUUAUGGAAACAAACAAGGAGUUCUUGAGGAGUUUGUAUCGUACAAAUUUGUAAGAGUCCUCUCUCAAUUACAAGGCCCAGUUCUGAAAUCUGAUCUCUGUUACCCUUAUGGUUUUGUGUACCAGGUGUGUGGCAAUGCGCUCAUGAAACACUACCAGGUCCAGUUCUGGAAGAUGCUGCUACUUAUCAGAGAAGACUAUUUUCACAGGAUUGAAGCAAUCACCAUUUCUGGACAGAUGGGGUCUUUAAUGCGGCUUAAGCAAUUCUUGGAGAAAUGUUUGCAGCGGAAGGAAAUUCCUUUACCAAAGGGUUACCUGCCUUCUUCCUUCUGGAGGUCAUAAGUCGGUUCCUUCCCAUUUUCAUCUUCACAAGAAUUCAAAGAAUUUCCUGACCUUCUUAUUACAUUCAGGACCAAGAAUACAUAGAAAUGUAAAUCUUACAUUUGUAUUUACCUGGAUGCUGUGGAUAUUUUCAACUGAAACAUUUUUACCCAUCUUUGAUCCUAUUUUAUGUUGAACAGAAUUUGGAGCUUCAGUAACUAACUUGUCUCAUGUAACUUAUUUUGCAAAUUAUUUUAAGCCAUCUGUUUGCAUUUGAUUAGCUUUACGGACUCUAUUGUGCAGUGUAUUAUGGAAUAUGAGAGGCUCCUUCACAUCUUGAACAAGUACAGUGAAUAAGUGUCAAGUGCAUAAACUUGUCUAAAUGAUCCAUUAGACUUCAGAGUUUACUUACAGUAAGCAAUGGCUUUCAGGUGGGAAUUUUGCUCUGAAUUGAUCAAUCUGUCACAGUUUUACAUGAAACUGCAAAUAGAAAUACCUCACUACUUUAGUCAUAUUAAGGUCUAAAUGUAAGAAAUCCUUCUGUAGAACUUUAUUUUUGCAUUUUAUGUGAUUAGGUAUUUUAAAGUUAUUGUUUCAUUGUUAACAGCAUUGGAGCCCAUAGGAAAAUUCAUUUUGUAUCUGGCUGCCUAAAAAUCCAAAGCAGCAAAAGAGGUGGUUAUGUUAACAAGGCUGAUUUGAUGUCGGUCAAAUGUCACUUUGGUCUUAGAGACAGCAUUGAUCUCUUCAUCUUUCCCCAGGGAAGGUCUUAAAAUCACCAGCUCUUUCGUUUUAACUUGGAAAUUCUGAUUUUUCCUACUGACGCAGCAUUCCUUAUUUACCUGGGUUAGACUUGAUUUUACAGCUACAUAGGCAAUAUGAUGGCUGCUGAAGAACAGAUCACUGCUUUUUGUUUUGGGGAUUUUUUUAAAGGCUUUGCAUGUGUGUAAUAUCUUUACUGUGAGGUUCAUGAAACUGCACAGUUCCUUCUAUCCAUGAUCCACCACAUGAAAUCUAGCUUAGAAUUGGUCUGACCUCCCUCCCCCCCCCCCCCCCCAAAAAAAAAGGCUGGUGGAAGGACACUUAACAGCUUUGUGUCUUCUUCAGUACUGAUAUUGUGCUAUCACAUGAAGAAAUUAGAAGAUACAGUCCCCUUGGCUUGUCUAAAGAUGAACUGAACUGUGGUAUUGACCUAUGUAGAAAAAAGCCUUUAUGACUUGGGCAGACGUGGAUUGUGUUAGUUUUACUGCAGUUUGUGUAUAAAGUACUGUAAUAGUUUUGUACUAAGAUAGUGUAAUGGUGAAUUAUUCUAAGAAUGGUUCAUUCUAGAAUCUUCUUUGAAAAAAUGUUAAGUUUUUAAGACUCUUUUUAACCUAAAGCUGAUGCAGUUUACUUCUCUCUGUGUGUGCCUGUGAUGGUGCCAAGUAAGUUUCUGGGAAUCCCUAAUGGGUGUCUGUACCAAUAUGUUAUGGGAGGUCAGAUUGGGAGGUGAUUUUUGACCGUUAGUGGAGUGCACUCUGCCUGAGAGGCCAUUGAAGAGGUAGCAGUUACAUGCUAUAUGUUAAUAUUUCUCCCAUUUCUAGUGGACAGCCUUGUAGUGAGAGUUGACAGCUAAAGUGAGUUGGAUACCUAAUCACUGGGAACUGGGCUGUACACUCAUUUUUUGUAGUCCACUUAACAGCCAUCAGAUGGUAGCCACUUGCUUUCUGUUGACCUGGGCUCUGUUUGAAGUAGUAUCCUAGAAUCAACUAGACCUCUCCUCUUUUUCUCCCUCUCCCUUUGUAUAUUUGAUGAAGACCCUUUAAUUCAGAAAUAGUUCAGAUAAAGGUUGUUCUAGCAAAAUUAAUAGCAUUUUACAUUUUCAUGUUUUAUUGGCAUUUUUUGUCACCGAGACCUCCAAAAAUGUUUAUAGUCUUUAGUGAAGAGCAAGUUUUGAGAGAGAGGAAAUUAAAUGAAAAUAAGUAAAAACUCAGACAAGAACAUGAUUGUAUGUAUUUGAGAAAUGACCAUUGAGGCAAAGUGUUUCACAAAACACUGCCACAAACACUAUUUAAGCAAUAUUAUAACAAGAUUUUGAGUAUCUAUGAUGAAGUCAUUUACUGAUAAAGCUUAUGCUAUAGUGUUUAAUAAUAUGUAUCUGUAUAUCUUAAAUUUUGUAUCUUGAACUUUCCCAGGAAGUACAUUUUAAAAACACUGUCCUUAAUACAAGGAAAAAAAAAAAAAAAAAAAGUCUGAUUGCUUGGAGUUGAUAAUACUGAUAGCUGUUCUAGAAUGCUAUUAAAAGGAUACAGGGGGAGAUUGUCAAAAGCACAAAGGACAGUUAGGUACUCAAGUCCUAUUAGUGCCUUGUAAAAUUUAUCUCACUGUGCCUAUGUUUAGCGAAGCAACCAUUCCUAUAAUGAACAAACUAAAAUGUAUUUAAUUACAUCUUGACUAUCUAAUGCUUACUGUUGUGGCCAUCUUGGAUAAUAUUUGUUUGACACUGCAAAUAUUGAAUAUUUUGGUUAAAUAUUACAGAUUUUGUGUAAGUUCUAGUGUGGAUCAUGUUUUAUGACAAUAUGCAAGGCAGGAAGCUUUGUGUAUAAAGUACUGUAAUAGUUUUGUACUAAGAUAGUGUAAUGGUGAAUUAUUUUAAGAAUGGUUUGUGUAUAUUAGGGAUAUUGAUGAAGGUGCAUGGUUUUUAUAAAUACUAUAAGGAUGUUGAGCUUUUCUGCCCCACUUAUGAAAGACUGUUGCAAUGGAUUGCCAUGAUGUUUUGAAACUAUAUUUAAAUGUAGCAAUAAAUUUAUUUUUUAAAAUGCUUCCACUUAAUGUAUUUGCAUAACCAAAAUGUAAUCUAUACCACCUUUCCAAGGGUAGUUCAUAAUUGUAUCUAAUGGUGUCUAAUGUAAGUGAAGUCUCAUUUUUUGUUGCAACUGUUUUUUCCCAUUUGUCAAUUUGAGUGUUGGCCAUCUUGCUGUACCAGGGUAUUUAAAGAUCUUCUCAAUGCAGAAUGUAAUAUAAUGUAUUUAAAUAAUCCCAAAUGCAUUUAAAGGAUUUGUUUCAA